AUGACAGACAAUUUGGAGGCAUCUCCGACAGGGAAAUUAGAACGACGAGUGAAGAGUGCUGUCCUGAAGGCUCAAGUAAAGUGCGAGGAGUGUCCGCUUCUGGAUGAUUGUGACGAGAGUAUGUAUCUGCUGCACAGCAAACAGUCAAAUGAACCAUCAACCUGUGACGAACAAUCGGUGGAGUGCUCUGAUGGUGACGUUUUGCUACUUAAAAAAGAAUGCUGUCCUGAGGUCAAGGAAAUUGCGAGAGGUAUCCGCUUCUGGAUGGUUGUGAAAUAUUCGUGCUGUAAUACUGAUGCCCCAUCUCCCGACCCCACCCCAAAACCAACCAAGUCUCCAGAGUCAACAUCUAAGUCUACGCAUAGUGGUACACACAAGCCAGCACCAUACGAACCGUACACCCAAUCCUACCCCAAAACCCCAUCAGCACCAUCAGGCCGGUCUUCAAGCUGUGGCAAAGAAUCGGUGGAUUGCUCUAUGUAUUAUGGCAGCGUUCUGAAACCGAAUACGCGGUGCUGCUCUGACGGCCAGGGAAAGUGGGAGGGAAUGCCUCUCCUAGACGACUGCGACGAGGAUACGUGUUGUCAUGCUGUUGAACCAUCUUCGGAUCCUCCCGAAAACCAACCAAGUCCCCAGGGUUAA